GCCUGCCAGUGUCCCUUCCUCUAAGCCCCGUCACUGAAGGCCUGAGCCCCCGAAAGAGGGAGGAAGGUUGACUUCAGAUACCCCAGCCCCGCCUCUUCCCCUGCUCAGCUUCCUCUCUGCACUUCCUGCCACUGCAGGCCUCUCCUCCGAGAACAGAGGCCAGGCCAUGACUCACUGGCUUCCUGCAUACUGAGGAUGGCCCAGACGGAGGACGAGGCACCUGAGGUCCCCACAGACUGGGAGAGGCUGGUCCCAUCACAGGUGGACAAAGCAGACAGGACCCCUCUAGGGGUCCUGAGCGCCCUAGAGCCACUUCUUCGCCUGCAGAGAACAUGGGGGGUGUGGCAUGUGCCAGAGCUGGAUACCCAGGACGCAGAAGCCCUCGUGGGGCUGUGGCCACUGGGGAGUUUCUUGGUCACAGGACGUGACCCCAGCCAGGUCCUGGUGUUGAGGACAGGACCUUUACCAGGAGGAGUCAACACCUACCAGAUCCAGAAGAUUCCCGGAGGUGUGACCCUGGAAUCCUCCAACCUCUGCAUGCCAGACCUGCCCCAUCUCCUGGCCUUUCUAUCAGCCAGCAGGGAUGUUCUGCCCAGAACCCUGCUCUUGCCCCCUCCCACUCUAGGGCCUGGAGAUGAACACAAAGAUCCUCUGCAGAUCGGCAGCAUCCAACAGGACACCCCAGGGAAGGUGCUUUCCAUUAUUAACCAACUCUACCUGGAGACCCACAGAGGCUGGGGGAAGGAGCAGACCCCCCAAGAAAUAGAGCCAGAGGCUGCCCAGAGAUAUGAUCCAGCCCCCAGGAACCCUGCGCCUCACGGAGUCUCCUGGGUGAAAGGCCCGCUCAGCCCAGAAGUGGGCCAUCCUGGGCCGGCUCUUGCCAGCCUCCUGGAGGAGGAGGAGGAAGACCCUGAAGGAAGGGAGGAAGAAAGGGAGGACGACCCUGAAGAGGAAGGCCCCGAGGACAUACUCACCAUUCACAUCCAAGCUCUGGUCAGGGCUCGGAGCAGCUACGUGGCCAGGAAGUACCGAAGUCUUCGGUUGCGCAUCACCUCGGAUUCUGGGGGUCCCCACAGGCCUGGGGACCCAGCCACGGAGCUGCUUCAGGAUGUGCGGCAGCUCCUUAUUGACCUUCAGGAUCACCUGGCAAAGGACCCCUACAUCCAAGCUGUCUCUGGGAGAAAGGGUCCUGGGGUCUCCAAGAAGGAUGAAGAUCCAGGCCCUGCGCUGGAGACGGCCGUGUGCCAGGCGGUGCUGGAGCCCCUGAAACCGGCCCUGUGGACGCGACUCCGCACGCUCCGAGCGCCGGAGCUGCGGCGGCUGCGAAGGCGACAAACAGCCCUGCGGGCGGGGGCGGGGCCUAUGGGCUCACAGGGGGCGGGGCCCGAGGGUCAGGGCCCCGCCCCCGCCCUGCGGAGCCGCAUCCACGCGCGCCUUGCGCACCUCCACGCCGCCUGCGCCCCGCGCCGCAAGGUGGCGCUUCUGUUGGAGGUGUGCAAAGAUGUCUACGAGGGCCUGGCUCAGGGCGAGAACCAAGAUCCCCUGGGGGCCGACGCCUUCCUGCCGGCGCUGACCGAGGAACUCAUCUGGAGCCCGGCCAUUGGGGAGACGCAGCUGGACGUGGAGUUUCUUAUGGAGCUCUUGGAUCCAGACGAGCUGCGGGGAGAGGCCGGGUACUACCUGACCACGUGGUUUGGGGCGCUGCACCACAUUGCCCACUACCAGCCCGAAACGGACCGCGCGCCCCGGGGGCUCAGCUCCGAGGCCCGCGCCUCCCUGCACCAGUGGCACCGCAGGCGGACGCUGCAUAGAAAGCAACAUCCCAGAGCCCAGGUGACUGCCCUUCCGGCUGCAGGUGGAAGGGAGGGUGAGACUUGGUGCCCUUCUGACACAGCUCCCACCUCUCCCCACAGGCCAACCUCCCCUUUAAGGAGCCGUGGGCAGAAGAGACUGUGCCAGGGACCAAUCACGAUUAGGGGUUCCACACCCCUCCUCACGCCCCGCCGUUCACGCCUGUAAUCCCAACACUUUGGGAGGCCAAGGUGGGAGGAUUGCUUGAGCCCAGGAGUUUGAGACCGGCCUGGGCAAAAUAGUGGGACACCGACUCUACCAAAAA